CCUAGUUUGUACCGAAUCGUAGCAUCUUUGAUAGAUAGAAGCGUAUACUUUUCGUGAGGUAGAUUGCCACGGCCACUCCGUUGGAAAAUUUCCCGCUCAGUCCACUGUUCUUUUAUAUAUCUAUGGCAUUGGCCAUUCUCGGACACAACUCUUCUCUCUUCAUAUCUGUAACCACGCCAUACCUACGGCAAAACUAUCAUCUUAUACGUUUCGUAUAUAGGCGGCUGCGGGAAGAGCUACACAACGCUUGUGUCGCGUGCCUACCUACCCAACCUUCAAUAUCCUUCCUUUCAACAAACUAAUCCUAGCAAACGGUACACCUAGACAGCCUUGCCCGUAUCUUCCUCCUAAAGCCAAGACGGCACUGUUAUCUUACCAAAAUUUCUCACCAUAUCCUAUCACAAUAAGCUUUCAUCUGAACCUAUUAGAAUAAGCUUGUGUUGAUCUUUUUUUGAGAGCCGAUCGGCUUCUUCAUCCUUAUUUCCUCUAUUCCAUCCACCCUCUUCUUAUCGCUAUCCCUAUUUAAAGUCAUGGCGAAUCUCCUUCGCCGCCACCACGAACAUGAUCCCCCGGUAGGAGAGAUCCCAGUUCCUCACGGCCCUGAGACGGGCGAUGAGCACCAGCACUACCCUCGAAGAGGCUCCACCAGCUAUGCUACCGACUACGAGAGACAGAUUUUCUCGCAUCUAACGCAUCCUGACGACUCGUACACGAGCGAUGGCGUCUACUGGGCUGAUCUACCCUUCUGGAAGCGCUUUUCCUUCGUCAGCGCGGUCGACCGAGCUGAAACUGCGGCCGAAGCCAAGGGUAUCUGGGCUAUGGUCAAGGAGGAUCCUCUUAGCCCGGUCUCUUGGUACUUCAGAAACGCCAUCCUUCCUGGUGCUGGUCUCGGUCUAGAAGGUUACGUCCUUUUCUCAAUUGGAAAUCUCGAGCCUCUUUUCGAGGCCGCAUGGCCAAGCUGCUGGAAGUCAAGCGGAUCUGAUUGUACUACUAACUGGGUGGCCUCUGUAACGUACCUUGAAAUUAUUGGUAUCAUGGUCGGUCAAGUGAUGGUCGGAAUUAUUGGCGACUGGAUCGGCCGACGAUGGGGUUUGAUACAAGAUGCCUUGGUCAUGUUUCUCGGUCUUCUCAUGUUGACCGGAUCAUGGGGUACAACGCUCCAGGGUUGGGUCAUCAUGUAUGCUUGGUCUCUGUUCGUCUACGGUAUCGGAGUCGGUGGCGAGUAUCCCAUCACUGCUACUUCUUCCAUGGAAAACGCCGUCACUGCCGGUAGAUUAUCGACUAGAGAUGAUCGUCUCCACCGUGGUCGAAAAGUUACCAUGGCAUUCUUGAUGCAAGGUUGGGGUCAAUUUGUCAACCAGGUUGUCCUCAUUGUCCUCUUGGUGAUUUUCAACCGCGGUAGCGGCAACCCCCCGUACUCCGUAACCGCUGCUCAAUACGCUUUCCGUCUGUCCUUCGCUUUCCCAGCCAUUGGCACAUUGUGGCUGGCCUACUACCGUACUUGGCGCAUGAAGUCUGCCAGCAAGCAACUCGAGAAAGCCAAGAAGAAGUCGAAGGUGACGGGCUACGAUGUUCGAUCUCUCAAGUUGACCUUCAGCAACUUUGGCGGUCGCCUGUUUGCCACUGCUGGCGGAUGGUUCUGCAACGACGUCUUCUUCUACGGCAACAAGCUCUUCCAAGGUCAAUUCAUCAAGGUCAUUUCCGACAACCCUAGCUCAAUCAUGACAACAUGGACCUGGAACUUGGUCAACGUCGUCGUCGGGCUUGCUGGUUACUACAUGGCGUCUUUGCUGAUUGACAACAAAAUGUAUGGAAGAAAAGCUAUGCAACAGGUCGGCUUCUUGAUGUGCUUCAUCAUGUUUGUAGUCCCCGCGUUUAAGUACGACUACUACAUCAGCUCUGCAGGCAUCCAUGCUUUCCAGGCGAUGUACUUCUUGUCAUCUUUCUUCAAUCAAUUCGGUCCCAACUCCGUCACUUUCCUCGUCGCUGGAGAGGUAUACCCUACUCAGAUCCGAGCCAGUGCCCACGGAUUUUCUGCCAUGAUUGGAAAGGCCGGUGCUCUCCUAGCUUCAGUUUUAUACAACUACAUCGACACCAGGACCAAGUUCCUCGUUGUUCCCUGGUUUGGUCUUGCGGGUAUGCUUAUCACAUACAUCUGGCUCCCUGACACCACCGGUCUAGAUCUCAAGGAACAGGAGCGCCGAUGGCAAUACAUCCUCGAAGGUCGCGACAGCGAAUACCACGGCAUUGCCAUCCACCCAGCGCAUCUUUCCCUCUGGGAACAAUGGAUGGGCGUUGGAAAGAACUACCACCCCGACUUGGACAUGAAGGCCAAGAUUAGGGACAUGCGCACCGACUGGGAGGAGCGAGAAGCUGUCAGAGCUGGUAGCGACGCCGAAUCGACGACUCCUGUCGACGACGACGAAGACUACACGAACGAGAUCCACGACUACUUCAAGGGUACUACUACAGGUAGUAUCAACUCGCUGAAGGGAGAGAAGUCAAAGGCAGUCGAUAGGACUUCGGGCAAUGCGCCUAGUGACAGAACGCUUGAGGAACCAUCGUUAGACGGAAGUAAAGAGUCUACGACGAUUUCCUAAGUGUGUUCAUGUUUACUAGUGCUUCGAUUUUGUAGGGAAGGGUUUCUUAUUAGACUACCUACGGCUUCUCACAGGGUUCGCAUGGGAUUAAGGGAUGACGGUUCGUGAUUGAUGCGAGAGUUAAAUGGGAUUGAGAUAUGAUACACCGAAUUGAUUACCUAUGUAGUUGAUAGGUAGCAUGGCGUUACGGAUGAGUGGAUUGGACUGUAACCAAAAAACAGUCGCUGAUUUCAUAUAUGUACAAUGCAUUACAUAAUAAGUAGCUAUAUAUCCCGGUUAGUGAAAAGUAUUGUCUUGUCGAAAUUCUUGGCCGACGAUGAUGGUUUAAUUACAUAGUCGAAAUAGUCAAGUGACAGCGCGUAAAUGGGGGACGCGUCUAAAAGUUCCGUACCGAC